AUGCUGCUGCAAUGGGUCGUGCUAGAGCCACAGGGACCCGGAAACCUUGCUUCCGUACGCUUCUCAUGUCCUGUUCGGGUAUACUCACUUCGAAUUUUCCCCACUGGCGCCCGUCCUUUCAAACUCCAGGAGGACAUCGUAGCGGAAACUGAACCGAGCUCGCUAUAUCUCGAUGUCUACUUCAAUGCCAUUCCCAUUAGUACAGACGGGAAGCCUAGACCCAAGCCGAGUAAUGCGCUUGUACCAACCUCCAUUGCCUACCAAGGAGGUCAAGUCGAAUUCAAGAUCGACUCUGACAACGCAGAGUUUUCGACACGUCUCAUGAUUGUACGGGGCAACUUCCAGAAACUAUCCCUCGCAAUUUAUGGCGAAAUAGUUUCUGAUGAGCAGAGCUCCCCACAAUCUUAUGUUCCCAAGCAGGUCCCUCAAAUAUCUUACAGCACGCUUCCUCCAGCAUUAGAUCCAGCGAAUAACAGUAAUCCAACCGAACUUGCUCAGAGUCUACUGACUUUAAUACCGCUGGAGCAGAGGCCGAGUUUAUCCCUAAUCAUCCGGCUCAUGUUUUGUUUAAAGCCAUCAAAUGAAGAUUGGGAGGAAAAAGAAUUUCCGCAUUUGUAUACCGUAUUAGACCAGGAGGUGGAAGACAUGAACCUUGAAAAGGCAGUGGAGAUGACAUCUCGUCCGGUAUCAGAUGCAGUGGAUGAGAAGGUCUUGCUGGAUUUUGCUGCGAAACUUGGGGAUUCUGUUGAUGAAUAUAACGACGACCAGGCAUACUUUUUGGCAAAAUUACUUUCUCAAUGCGCACCUCAGCAUCCCCUAUUGGUCCAAUCCAUAACAGAGAAUAUCGACCUAGUUCGAAUGUACACGGAACCAAACCUGGAUCGACCAACUCUCCUAUACCUUCUUGACGCUGCCGCGAACCUGGAUGUAUCUCGGCGGCUGAACGAUGAACAAACUCUUAACGCGAUUCUGCACAUUCGAGAUAAUCCUUCGCAGGAGGAGGGUGCGCGGCGUGCCGCUAAUAGACUGUUUAAUAGGAUAAAAGGAUGGGAAGUCCUUGAAGAUUCUCUCUUGAAUACUCAGGCUGCCUUCGGUGUCGCCGCACAUCUCAUUAGAGAGAUCGCUGCUGAAGAAAACUCUUUUGGUAUUUGGCUUGAAAACAUGACGUCAAACCAUGAGGUGCUAGACCGGCUGCAGGAAACUCCACCUACGCAAGCGAUUUCCCAUCCACCGGUUAUGUGGCAGGACGUUCAGACAGUAUCUCACGACGACUUCAUUGCUUUCAUCAGGGCCGCGGUGGGCGUAGCGGCGGCAGUCGCCGUAUAUGCAUGGGCAGAUAGCGUGCCAGUGGAAGUGUGCCGUGAGCGAACUCUGGCUGUCCUCCGUUUAUGGCAGAAUGUGCAUGGCUACAGAGAAAUUGUGAAUCACUUCAUGCUUAUGAGGCAAAUGGGUUAUCGCUUAGAGUGCAUGUUACCACUUGACGACGAUUUACCCUCCCAGGCCGGUAUUGACGCAGAACAUAUUCUGAAGAUAUUGGCACAACAACCAAACUCAAUGCUGCGCCCAGACUUCGUUAAGGUCAUGCAGAACCUGCAAGUACCGCUAAAUUACAUAACGGACAAUGAAGUGAUGGAGUUCAAGCGCGCGUCUCGUAUAGCGAAAGAUGGGCUAUACGGCGCGGUUAGUUUAUUGACGAGAACACCUGACGAACUCGACCCCAUGGAGAGACGACUUGACAUUCGAGUAGCCAUCUCCGUUGUCAUUGAUGUACUUGAGAAGCGUUUUACAGGCGAAAAGGAGCUACUCGAAACCGUCUGGGAUCACGGGCUAAACGGACUUCCAGUAUACCUCAUCCAACACCUCAUAAAGUCCAGCACGGAGUUGCGGACGCAGUUUGAUCUGACUGUCCCUCAUGGAAGGUCCCAGCCGGAAAUAGCUGCGGAGUUCCUCAACUGUCAUGACCUCCUACGGCUGCUCACUCGCCUACUUCCGAGCUAUCCACCCCCAACGCGGGACAUUGCGUUACUCGCCAAAGCCGUUGCCGAUAUAUUCGUGUGCACAGAUGCAGCUGAUUUGAUCUACACACAAGAAAGUGCUGUCUGUGCAGCGUCGCAUUCCGUGCGCCAGAUGUGCAUUGAUACACUUAUCACGCUUGUGGUACCUGCUACGUUGGACGUACAAAGCUCAAUUGGAUCGAAGACCGUCCUUAAAACGCUCCUUACGUACGCAGCCAGCCCCAGGGGUCAUGAUGCUUCUCACCACAUGACGCAAUCCUUCUGGCUUCUAGACCAUGUCCUACCAUCCGCACUUUCAUCUAACUGGCAAUCGGUUCCCGAAAAUGGACGAAGGAGAUGGGUCCGGGAGGUCAUUCCCGCUAUUUUAUCCGAGCUACAAGCAUUCUACGGGUUACAAGAGGUGGAUAACAAACUACAUCUUAUCAGACGUUUCAGGGAUCUCGAUGAUGGUUGUACCGGUGUUGCGGAAUGGCUCCUACGGGAUGAAGUCAAGCGUUUGCGGAAGACUGUAACAUUUGUGCAGCAGACAACAUCCACCGACUCACUCGAGCAGCGCAUGGCACUUUGGAGCGUAGUGAGCUCUGGAAACGUUCUCUCCUCGCUGAUGCAAAGUGCAUCCGAUACUUCCCAAUGGGCGAUCAGGACGCUUUUACGAGAAGAGAGUAUGAGAUUACUUUAUUCGACUCUGAGCGAACUUUUGGAUGUAAAUAUCUUUUUCGAGGCUAUUGGGAUUGUAGCCGUUGCACUGAGCUCGCAUGCAACAGAAGAGGAUCAUCUGUUACGAACCUCGAUCAUGUCAACCUUACUUCGAGCAACUCGAUGUGGCAAAUUCGACGCUUUCACAUCGCUUCUUAGCCUCUUGUCCGAUAGCGAAGAAUCACUGUUCGACGAAAAGGCUGGGCAGGAAUUUGGCGAAGCACUCGAACGAAUCGCUUUAGCUAUUCAUGAUAAUAGAGAAAACCUACCUUCAGACUUUGCAAAAUCAGUCUUUGGUGUCUUAGAAAAGGUCACUCCAAUGAACAGGAGCAGCGGUGUUUUCGUCCUCCUCGGGCUCACGAACGAAUCAUUCAACGCACUCACCCAAUGGCUCUCCGACUCUCUCCCAAUCGUCCAAAAGACGAAAAUGGAAGCAAUGAAGCUCAGGUGGAGCGUAACCGGUCAUCCUCGAGAUUCUUCUUCUCCACCUCUAUACAUACCAACCACCUACACACCCAGCUUAUCCAUCGAGAACUGGGAAACACUCCUCUCACCACCCCUACCCAUUCCAUCAACACCUACCCGUCGUUCGCCUCUUCAUUCCGCAGAGAUGUUAGGCAUGAUAACCGUCUCACCACCAAACGCCCUUCUUCGCUCACCAGAAGUCAAAGGUCUCACGAAGACGUACUCGAAUAAUGAUUUUCGAAGUCUACGUCAGCAGUCUUCUGCGAGACAGAAUACGAGUCGGCUUCCUAGUAGACAUGUUGAUGUAUGUUUAUUACUUACUUACUAA